AUGAGCCACAAGUUCGUCGCGGGGAGAGGCAUGCAGUCUAUGGAACUCGAGCCGACUCAGAGGACAACGCUGGUGCUGUUUGAGCGCAUAGGAGGCUCUAUCAGCUUGGUCGCUGUCCUCUGUAUUUUCGUCGCGUAUGCGCUUGUGCCUAAAGUUCGAAAUGUUCAAAACACCUUCAUCGUGUUUGCGAGCGUCGCAAAUGUUGGUGCGAGUGUUGCGAGUAUCAUCGCCUUGGAUGGUUUGGAACUAGGCGUCGCUUCGCCUCUUUGUCAGGCACAGAGUUUCAUGUUUCAUAUGUUCAUGCAGUCUGAUCCCUGGUGGUCUCUGGCCAUGGCAUUCAACGUCUUCCUCGUCUUCUUCUUCCGCGCCAAACCCGACUCAUUCCGCAGAUGGUGGUGGAUAUAUUGUCUCAUUUGUUACGGUGGCCCUUUUGCUAUUGCUAUGGCGUUGCUUCUGGUUAGAAACCCGAACCGCGGCCUUGUGUUUGGUGAGGCCACUAUCUGGUGCUGGGUCAACCAGGACUGGGAAGGAAUCCGUAUAUAUACUUACUAUAUGCUCGUCUGGGUUUGUAUCGCUGGUUCGAUCCUCUUCUACUUCCUGGUUGGCUACCAUGUCUUCCAUACUCGGAACCAACUCAAGAGUUUGACUGCCUCAAGGAGUCGAGAGCCAGCUCCUGUUGAGCCACCCCAGCCCCAAGCUCAACGUCAAGUCGAGUUCCUGUCAGUUCCUCAAGACUGUUUCUACGGCACUAUCGUCACCGAAGUCCAGGUCGUUCACUCCACACCCUCAGCGAACCAUCUCCCUAGUGAACCCAAGCCCGCUUACACUGCUGGUCCAUCGUCACCCCAAGUCUCCUUUGACGAGAACCCACACGUCGCGCAGGGAUCUCACAGUCACUACUUCUCGACCUCUAUAUCCCCUGGUAUUGACAGCAGAGAGCGAACUAGCAUGUCCCCUCUCCGCCGCAUAACAUCGGCGACAAACCGAACCGUCAACAAGUUCGUCAUCGACGAUCCCAUCAAGCGGGCUUACUUACGCACGAGCUUCCUUUUCGCCCUUAGUGUGCUGGUGACUUGGAUCCCGAGCAGUCUGAACCGCAUCCACAGCUGGCUCGUCGGUACGUCUCCCUACGAGUACCAUGUCGCCACGGCCGCCGUCCUUCCCCUCCAAGGACUCUGGAACGCGGUGAUUUUCUUUGUGACGAGUGGGAAACCCCUUCGAGAGUGGUACAGAAACCUACGCUACCCCCAGGCCCAGGAUAGAGAGAUGAUCGAAACACGGGUGGAGCAUGAUGAGCAUGUUGGAAGAAGCGGCGAGAGUUUCCUGGACGACACAGACUCCGGUAGCGACGUUGAGCUGCGAAGAAUGGGAGAGGCGCCGGGCAAGAGAUCGGCGAGUCUCUGA